UCCGCUCGAGAAGCGAGAACGGGAGCCCGAACGGCCCCGCGGCGCGCGGUUGUAGGACGUGAUUAAAAGGCGCGUGGUCUGCUCUUACAGUUCCUCCUCUGGUCACAGCUCUCUGUGGCGCGUGGUGCUGUCAGUCAGUGGCGUCGGCAGGAGCGGCUGUUCACCUCUGUUCUGCUGCUGUGUGUGUCGAGUGUAUGUGUGGCUUGCGCGUGAACAGGCAGAAUUCAAGAACAAGCAGGCCCGCGCAAACUAGCAAGAAAGGCAGGCAGGCAGGGCAGAGAGGCAGCCCGUGAGCACUCAGCUAACAGCCAUACGGUACCCUGCGAGCGAUGGUCACGUCCACCCCAGGGAUCUUUCUGCUGCCGAUGCUAAUAUGUUUCCAGCACUGCAUUGACGCCCACGGUACUAAAACAGAAUGUGAGGCCAGCCAGUUUCGGUGUGGAAACGGUCGUUGUAUCCUGUCCGUGUGGCAGUGUGACGGCGAUGAGGACUGCACUGAUGGAAGCGACGAGAACUCCUGUGUGAAAAAAACGUGUGCAGAGGUGGACUUUGUGUGUCAAAAUGGCCAGUGUGUCCCGCAGCGGUGGCACUGUGAUGGGGAGCCGGACUGCGAGGACGGGUCUGACGAGAGCAUAGAAAUCUGCCAUAUGAGGACGUGUCAUAUGAACGAAUUUAGCUGCGGAGCAGGCUCUACCCAGUGUAUCCCUGUCUUCUGGAAAUGUGACGGAGAAAAGGACUGUGACAAUGGAGAGGAUGAGGUCAACUGUGGGAACAUCACCUGUGCUCCAAAUGAGUUCACAUGCACCAGCGGCCGCUGUAUCUCUCAGAAUUUUGUGUGCAACGGUGAAGAUGACUGUGGCGAUGGUUCAGAUGAGGUGGAGUGCGCUCAGUCCUCGUGUGGUCCCAGUGAGUUCCAGUGUGGCAACUCCUCUUGAUUCCCGGCCAGCUGGGUGUGUGAUGAUGACGUUGACUGCCAGGACCAAUCAGAUGAGUCUUUGUCACAUUGUGGCCGUCACCCGACGCCACCAAGCAAGUGUUCAGCAAGUGAAAUGCAGUGCCGCUCAGGAGAAUGUAUCCAUAAAAAGUGGAGGUGUGACGGAGACCCUGACUGCAAGGAUGGCAGUGAUGAAGCCAACUGUCCUGUACACACCUGUGGACCGGAUCAGUUCAAAUGUGAUGAUGGGAAUUGCAUCCUGGGCAGCAGACAGUGUAACGGCCUCAGAGACUGCACUGAUGGAUCAGAUGAAGUUGACUGCAAAAAUGUUACUCAGUGUAAUGGCCCGGAGAAGUUCAAGUGUCGCAGUGGGGAUUGUAUCGAGAUGAGCAAAGUGUGCAACAAGAUUCGAGACUGUCCCGACUGGAGCGACGAACCCAUCAAAGAAUGCAAUUUGAAUGAAUGUCUCCUGAACAAUGGUGGCUGCUCUCACAUCUGCAAAGACAUGGUAAUUGGCUUCGAGUGUGACUGCACACCUGGACUGCAGCUCAUUGACCACAAGACGUGUGGAGACAUCAAUGAGUGUCUGAACCCUGGAAUCUGUAGCCAGAUCUGCAUCAACCUGAAGGGAGGAUACAAGUGUGAAUGUCACAAUGGCUACCAGAUGGAUCCAACCACUGGAGUCUGUAAGGCUGUUGGUGAGUCGGCAGCCUGGCAAUUCACUAACCGUCGUGACAUCCGUCGUUUGGGUCUAGAGAGGAAGGAGUACACUCAAAUUGUGGAGCAGCAGAGGAACGCAGUUGCUCUGGAUGCAGACUUUGACCGACAGAUGAUUUUCUGGGCUGACCUGGGUCAUAAGGCCAUAUACAGCACUGUGCUUGACAAACGAGGGGACACUACCACUCACAGCAAAGUGAUAGAUGACGUUCAGACUCCUGUGGGAAUCGCUGUGGACUGGAUCUAUAAAAACCUGUACUGGUCUGAUCUUGGCACAAAAACGAUAUCUGUAGGAAAUUUCAAUGGAACCAAACGGAAAGUUCUGUUCAACAGAGACCUCAAAGAACCAGCCUCCAUUGCUGUGGAUCCACUGUCUGGGUUUCUGUACUGGUCUGACUGGGGUGAGCCUGCCAGGAUUGAGAAGUCUGGCAUGAAUGGAGUGGACAGACAGGUUCUGGUGGCAACAGACAUCCAGUGGCCUAAUGGAAUCACUUUGGAUCUGAUCAAAGGCAGGUUGUACUGGGUUGAUUCUAAGCUUCACAUGCUCUGUAGCGUCGACCUGAAUGGAGACAACAGGAAAAAAAUACUGCAAUCUUCAGAUUACUUGGCUCACCCCUUUGCUCUCACUGUUUUUGAGGAUCGGGUUUUCUGGACAGAUGGUGAAAAUGAAGCUAUCUAUGGUGCAAACAAGUUCACAGGCUCUGAUGUGGUGAUACUGGCCAGCAACCUGAACGACCCCCAGGACAUUAUAGUGUACCAUGAGCUGAUCCAGCUGUCGGGUACUAACUGGUGCACAGAGAGAGGUGAAAAUGGUGGCUGUAGCUACAUGUGCCUGCCUGCGCCACAAAUCAACAAACACUCCCCCAAAUACACCUGUGUUUGUCCAGAGGGACAAGAGCUGGCUGGUGAUGGCUUACGCUGCAGACCUGACCCUUCUACCAGAGGUCCCUCAAAGGAUGAUGAAAAAGCUCUAAUAAAGCCACCCCCAGAAGCCAAUGUGAGCACAUCAAUCCAGGUGAAUUCCACAGCCAGAGGGUCUGCUGCUGCUUGGGCCAUACUGCCUGUCUUGCUGCUGGCAAUGGCAGCAGCAGGUGGGUACCUUAUGUGGAGAAACUGGCGGCUGAAGAACCAGAAGAGCAUGAAUUUUGAUAACCCUGUUUACCUAAAGACCACAGAGGAAGACCUGAACAUUGACAUCACCCGACAUGGCGCAAAUGUAGGACACACCUAUCCUGCGAUUUCAAUAGUGAGCACAGAAGAUGAUCUGUCCUGAUCUAGUGGUUUCUUACGGCAGCCCAUAGUGUCACACGGUGUUCAUGCCGAUGGUUCUCCAUAGCAGCAGCCUUUAGAGUACGACCACAUGCCUUCUGAAGUGCAUUAUGCCAUUAUCUGUGGUGAGGAUGACUGGAGGAAAUGUUAUUUAUUAUAGGAAUACUACAAUGAUUUGUCACUUUUUAUUCAGUAUUAUGAAUUUUUUUUUUCCUUUUUGGGGGGCUCUCCCAAGGAAGGGGUCAACAGUCUUCACAACAGGUGAAAAACGGCUUUUUUUUUUUUUUUCUUUUAUAGCCUUGUAUGGCACAGACAGAUCGACUCUGCUGGGCAGGAUCUGAGCUGUCAGUAUCCAACACAUUGGGUUCAAGGCUCUAUUUCUUUACUCCUCUGAAUAGGCUCAGAUGUGUGAAUAUUUAUGUACGAUCAUGUUUGGGCUGCAGUAUGUUAAAGAUGUAAGUUUUCCUUAAUUUUUGUGGGUUGUUUCCUACAACAAGCAGCUUUCAUUAUUAUUGAAGUGGUACAAGUAUCACAAUGGUUGGCAUUUGUAAAACAUUGUACAUAUGGACCCAUCCCUCAGACAUGACUGUCAAUCAGGACUCUCCAAUGCACUUUGAACAAAUGUUGUGUAAAUAAGAUUGUAUACAUUUGACUUGAGAAAUUUUUUGCUAUGGUUGGGCAUUGUACCAGGGUUGGAUCAGAUGUAUUUAACAUGAAAUAAAAACACAAACUGACUUUGGUAAAACUAUUUUGUAUGUUUGUGUGCUGUUGCUGUGAACAUUUUCUAGCAUUGUACAGUGAGGGGAACACAAACUUAACAGCUGUGUAUCUGUGAAGAAACAAUUUGCAAAUCCAGAAAUAAAACCUAAUCUACAACAUUGUUCAAAA